CCUUGCCGGCACUGUAUAGAGAGGGGUUGAGAUUCGCAUUAUGAUGUCUUUUUGUCUUAUAGAUUUUGGGUUUUCUUCUUUUGUCAAUAAUACGACUAUGGGAUGAAUUUGUACAGAAAAAAAAGGGUGAGUUUACGGGAUUACAGGUAUAUAGUUUUCCAAUUUAUUGGUGUAUUUAUAUUUCUUGGGCUCUUUUAUAUGCGCCCCAUUGAUUUUGUUCAUAUCUGCAUAGGCUCCGCUGGAUGUGGCAGUGCGAGACGAUCUCUGCGAUUCAACUCGCCAACAGCAACCAAACGAAACAUUUUCAGGCUGAAGGAUUUGUCUGAAAUCACAGAAAAAAGGCUGUAGUUGCACGAAGAGAAUCCGUCAUUAUUCUCAGCCUCAUCGACGUCGCGAUGUCAAUCUCCCCCGCUUGCUGACUUGGUGGCCUCCAAUGGA